UUCACAAACAAACAAACCAAUUUAAAAAACAAAAAAAGCCAACUUUCUUUCUUCUUUCCUUUUUUUCUUUUUGGUGUCUUCUUUCUUCUUUGCCUAUCUGUUGGAACAUUUCAAUUCACUUUUGCAGAACAAAAAAACAAAAGUAAACCACCCCACCCCACUGUACUACCCCCCCUCCCUUCUUACCUUCUGCAUUGUCUCUUCAAUUGUCCACAACUUUUUCUUGUUUCUUAAACAGUGAUAAAAUCUCAACUCUAUUUUGUUUUUUAAUGUAAAUUGAGUUACUUUCUUGAUUCUUUUUCCAAAUGGGGUUCUGUUUUUUUCUUUAGUCUUUGAACAGCCCAAGAAUUUUUAACUUCACUUACAAGAUUUUGAUUUUGAUUCUUUAAGGAUUUGGUCUCUAUAAAUGGGGUUGUUUUGGUUUAGUUCUUGAAUUGUUUUGUUAGGUUACUUUUGGGUUUUGAGAAUUGUGAGAGAUGCAAUCAGGGAGCUCAGAACAAGUGAGAUCAGUUGUUGCAGCAACUGAUACUAGAGGGAAACAUAGAAUAUCUGCUGAAUUGAAGAGACUCGAACAAGAAACUCGUUUUUUAGAGGAAGAACUUGAAUUGCUUGACAAAAUGGAAAAGGCAUCAGCUGCUUGCAAGGAGAUGCUAAGUAAUGUGGAAACACGGCCAGAUCCAUUACUACCAGUAACACAUGGUCCAACGAAUCCUUACUGGGAUCGAUGGUUUGAAGGACCACAAGAUGCAUCAGGUUGUAGAUGCUGGAUAUUGUGAAUUUGUGAUAACUGUUGGCUGAUUUUGGAAGUUUCACUGAUUGUUGAGGAAGUUGAAGUUGGUAGACACAGGUGUUGGCUAAUAUAGAGAAAUCUUUUCAAGUGUGAAAUGCAGUGUUCGAAUGUGCAGAAAAUUGACAUUUUUUUGUAUCCCUUAUGAGUUGAUAUUCGAGAUUCUAAUCUUUAUUGCUAGGUCGCCUAGCAUUGUGCAGAUGACAGUUUUCUUCUAUUAUAACAUCAUAAUGGUAUUUGCUUGUGGUUAGAAAUGAUUUAUAAUACCUGUCUGAGUUGCUAAUCCUU